AUGGAGGCAGAGCUUGUGAAGUUACGAAAGGAAGUUGAGGAUGCUAAGCGUCGGGAAGAGGUGGCUGAGCGCCGGGCAGAGGAGGCCCAACGCGAGGUCCGCAACACCACACUUGUCGAGUACCUAAAAUAUUGUCACCAGCAUCUCUUUACCACGUUCGAAGUACAGCGGGAUCCCAGGCUUACUACAGCCGGCCCUGCUUCGGCCCCGCAUGGCAAGCUUUGCCCUACCUAUCUCCGACACUGGGACGGCUUUGACACGCUACAACGCCGCACCCUCGACAGCUUAUUCACCCUCUACCCGGCCGAUCAAGAAGCCUUCCCGAGCCUGCACGCCACCCGAACACAGGGCCAGGAGAUGUCGCGGGGUAAGAUCGGAGAUCACUUGGUGCUCGACCACUUUGUGGGCAACUUCGUUGAGACGCCCGUAUGA